UACAGGGGUGUCAUGCAGGAGAACUAUGAGACGGUGACCUCGCUGGUAGGGUUUCCAAUUUCCAAACCUGAUGUGAUCUCGCAGCUGGAACGAGGGGAAGAACCGUGGAUCCCGGACCUCCAGGGCCUUGAGAAAGAAGUGAUCCCGAGCUGCCUUCACAGGAGUGUAUCCUGGAAGAUAUCUCGCUGCUGCGGGUCACCUGGAAAGAGCGGGAGGAUCUUCUACUGCAAUGUGGAUUCCGCCCUGGCCCCUAUGCAGCUUGCCUGUGUGCAGCAAUGGUCCCCCCACCCCUCGUGGAUGUGUUAGCCUGACUGGGACAAGGACCAUAGUAGCUUUCCCAAUAAACGUGCACAAGCGCAUUGCCCAUGCUCUGGAUGAGACUUUUGAUGAGAUUACCGAGGCCGAUUACCGUGACGUGAUA